AUUCACUGCUGUAAAACCCCUGUAUUGUACCAUCCCAUUCAUGUAGAUUGUGUCAUAUUUCAUUCGGAGUUAAUCCUUGGACUGCCCUUGCAUUUAUUACGAGUGAACCCCGGAAGUGUCUCUGUUUACCAUCGUAACUGCUGUUUGUCUGUCGAUUGUCAAUAAUGGCAGACGACGCUCUCUUUGAGUUUCUCCAUAUGGAGAUUGUGGCACACGUUUACAGGGAUCUGCAAUUCAUUAAAGGAGAGACCGACAACAAGGACAGGGCCUCCCGUGUUUCUAUUUUGGAGGGGAUGGGCUACAGAGUGGGACAAGGGCUCAUUGAGAGGUUGACGAGGGACUCUCCUUGCUUCAAGGAUGAGUUGGAUGUAAUGAAAUUUAUUUGUAAAGACUUCUGGACUAAAGUCUUCAGGAGGCAGGUGGACAAUCUAAGAACUAACCAUCAGGGCACCUAUGUACUGCAGGAUAACAAAUUUAAUUUGCUGACACAGCUCUCUAAUAGUAAGCAGUACUUGGAUCAAGCGCCUAAGUUUCUGUUCCCCCCAGUACUUGGCCUUUUCAUGUGGUGUCGUGAGGGGAGCUUUGUCAAAUCUCGGUCUUGAAAGUGUGGUUACAGCUGAGGUCUCUAUCAUGCCAUCAUGUAAGUUUCAAGUGGUCAUCCAGAAAUUAUGACAAGGUCCCACAUUGCUGCGGAGUUCUCAAGCACCGUUGUCCUUCAUGUCAUGCUCUCUUGUUUUUUCAAAAAGUAAAGUAACUCCCAUUCUCUUCUAUUCAUUACUGCAACACCAGAAACAAUCCGACGUGGUUCCCAAAGAGCCCGAGACGUUCUGAUGCUCAUAGUAAUGGGAAGAAAUGGUGCUUGCAGACUUUUACUUGUAGAAAUCAGAUGCAGAUGCGGCAUUUCUCCUUGCCGAGUUUUUCUUAUGUAAGCAAUUUGCUUUUUUUCCAUGUAUUGUAUGGAAACAAGUGAAACUAAGUCCCGAUUGACAGUACAUUGCUUUUUUUCAGUGUUUGUGCCACAUAAACAUAUUUGCAAGUAAAUGAAAAAAAUGCUUCCUGUAA